AUGUGCAAGGCGUAUCUCGGACCCGGGGGACGAAUGAUCAUGCGACGAAUCCACUGCGACUCCGAAACACAAGUAUAUUUCUUCCUGCGGUCCAACGCGGACGAGCUACGGAGUAUCUCGCUGGCGACGGCAGCGCAACAGAAAGAGUUCUGGGGACAGAAAUUCGCUGAUGCAGGAUGGCAAUUGGGGCGGUUUAUCGAUGGCACGGAAACGACGAAUAAUUGGUUUCUGUCAGGAGAUGGUCCAGAUCAAGCUUGA